GUGCACAGAAUACUCAAUACUUACUCUGUGUUCUAACCUGAAUAUUGGUACAAUUUUAUUAUUUUUGACUUAAAUUAAAAACCUUUGUUAUUGUUCGAAAUAAUCAGGUUGCAGGAAAAAAUGGCACUUGCAAUAAACAUACGUUCUAUUAUUAGCAGAGCAAUUCUUGCAGAUUUGAAAACAGUUCGUUUCUUUUCGGACCAAGCUGACGAAUCUGAAGAACAGCAGAAAACAAUUGAUCCUACAAAAGAUAGAACUAAGCCUAUACCAUUAGAAACUAGCAUGAGAUAUCUAGACAGCAAAGCGUAUAAACAAACCUAUGGAGAUAAUCCAGUUUGGUAUCUAUACAGACGGAACCACAGAGGCGGUUUUGCGCCAAGGAAAACACGAAGAACAUGUAUUCGUAAUGGGAUUAUAUCGACGGGGAAUCCUUGCCCUAUUUGUCGCGAUGAGUACCUGAUAUUAGAUCCGAGAAACACAAAACUUUUGGAGCAGUUUAUAUCUGAAUACACUGGCCAGAUUUUGGAUGCAUUUAAAACUGGCCUUUGCCAAAAGAAACACAAGGAGCUGUUGGUUGCUAUUGAAAGAGCCUGGGAUCAGGGGUAUUUGACUUAUGAUGUACCUUUUAGGGAAUAUAAUUACUCGCUUUACAAUAAAAAUGCUGGAAUAAAUUAAAAAUUGUGAUUAGUA